CGAAGGAUUUAUCGACGGUCAUUUAAGUGGUUGAUUACCGAAGGCUUUUGCCCUUCGGCAAUGGGGCAGUGACAGUACCGAAGGAAUACGCCAUUCUCCCAUUCCCGCAUUUUAGUGAAAUUAGAAUUUGAGAUUUCGCUCUCCCACUCGCAAAUUCAGUCUCUGUGAAACCAUCUUCCCCCAAAAACCUCUCUCGACCCUAAUCUCCCUCUCUCGGUCAACGGUGGCCAUUUUUUUGCACUUCCCCCUAGCCAUUACGACAUUCUCCCUUUUGUGAUUUCAUCCACUCCUCAAUCGUGGUGUGCUCAUUCGUGUAUCGUGGAAGGAAAUUGACCCUAAGGAAGUUGGUUGGUGAGGUGAGGGUUUACAUUGUCGCUGGAAGGAGUUUCGUGAUGGUGGUGUGGCAGCUUGAGGGGGGUGCUAUGGCGGCCUGAGUAGGGUUUGGACUAUCGCGACGACACCAAUCGAAGGGGUGCGUGACGAGACCGUUGUCGUUGCGUGAGGAGGGGCUGAGGCACAGUUGUUGAAGGGCUGCAGUUGAAGUGAAGUGUCCAAGAUUUCAUCAUUUCCAGAUACAAAGUUAUCAAACCUAUAGCCCACCUAGAAAAGUCUACUAAAGAGAACAUGGCCCAUUUUCCCAACCAUCGUGGAUGGAUGUACGACCGUUGUUAUAGUGGAAGGAGAGGUUUGAAGGAAUCUUUUUUUUAUUGGAGUUGAAGAGUUUGUGGAGACGGCCCGACGAUAUCAAUAUUAUGCUCUUGAUGGAGGGAUUCGAUGUCCAUGCAUCAAGUGCGAAUGUACAAGGAUUUUGAAAGAUGAAGUCGUCAAACUUCACCUAUACCAAAAAGGGUUCAUGCCUAAUUACACGGUUUGGACAUUUCAUGGUGAAGAAAUUCCUUCGACCUCCACUGCAACUGAAAAGCGGCUUGCAUCAGGUUCGAAUACUAUUGUACAUACAUCUGAGAUAGAUCAAUUUGCCUAUAUGCAAGAGAUGGUCGACAAUGCUCUUCGUCACCAUGCUGAACAAGAAGCAGACGAUAGUCAUGAUGAAGAGCCUCCAAAUGAAACGACUCAGAGGUUUUACAAUUUACUUACAGAGGCAAAUCUACCUGUAUUUGAAGGUUCAUCUGAGUCAAAAUUGUCAGUGUGCAUUAGACUCAUGGCUGGCAAAUCUAAUUGGAACGUUCCCAUUCAAGCAGUGGACUUCUAUACAAAAUUAAUGUUAGAUUUGACACUACCAAACAAUUUGAUGCCGAAGAAUUAUUACCAAGCCAAAAAAUGUGUUUCAAAGUUGGGAUUGGAAGUCAAGAAGAUUGAUUGUUGUGUUAAUGGAUGUAUGUUAUUCUAUGACAAUGACAGUGGAAAAAAUGAUGCAUUGUUGGUUGAAUGCAAGUUUUGUGGCUCACCUCGAUAUCAUACGAUGCAUGCUGGACGGAGGCAAAAAAAACCAAUUCCCUUAAAGUCCAUGUUCUACUUGCCUAUAAUUCCACAAAGAAUGUUUACUUCAAUGCAAACAUCAGAACACAUGACAUGGCAUGAUGGUAACAAAACUGAAGGAUUUUUGCGUCAUCCUUCUGAUGGUGAAGCUUGGAAGCACUUCAAUCGUAAACAUCCAUCCUUUGCUAGUGAACCACGUAACGUCAGACUUGGUCUAUGCUCUGAUGGGUUUACCCCGUACAUUCAGGCGUUUGCAUCACCAUAUUCAUGCUGGCCCGUGAUAGUUACCCCAUACAAUCUACCACCUGAGAUGUGUAUGACAAAGCCUUACAUGUUUUUAUCGUGUAUAAUACCAGGUCCAUCUAAUCCCAAAUCAUUGAUUGAUGUUUAUUUGGAGCCGUUGAUUGAUGAUUUGAAGAAGUUAUGGAAUGGUGUUUGGACGUAUGACGUUUCAAGGAAGCAAAAUUUCCUUAUGAGGGCAGCCUUGAUGUGGACUAUUAAUGACUUCCCAGCGUAUGGCAUGUUAUCUGGUUGGAGCACGCAUGGUCGAUUAGCUUGUCCACAUUGCAUGGAACAUACAAAGUCAUUCCAAUUGAGUUAUGGUCGGAAAAGUAGUUGGUUUGACAGCCAUCGAUGGUUCUUGCCCAUUGAUCACCCCUUUAGAAGAAACAAAAAGGCAUUUCGAAAAGGGCAAGUUGAAACGGAUAUGCCCUCGCCGAAGUUGACUGGAUCACACGUUUGGAGAAGAGUGAAAGACUAUCCAAAAGUCACUGAAUCUGGUCAGAAUAGGAUAGAAGGGUUUGGAGAAUGGCAUAAUUGGACUAAAAGAAGCAUAUUCUGGGAACUUCCCUAUUGGAAAGACAACUUGCUAAGACAAAACCUCGAUGUCAUGCACACAGAAAAAAAUUUCUUUGACAAUGUCUUCAACACAGUUAUGAAUGUUAUAGGUAAGACAAAAGAUAAUGAGAAAGCAAGAAAAUAUUUACCUUUGUAUUGUGGACGAAAAGACUUAGAGUUGAAGGCGUAAGGUAAUGGCCGGUUAUUUAAACCAAAAGCAAAUUACACCAUGUCAAAAGACGAGGCAAGAAUAGUGUGUGGAUGGAUCAAGGAGCUUAGAAUGCCAGAUGGAUAUGCUUCUAACUUGUCCAGAUGUGCCAAUGUUCAAUUUGUGCAGCUUACUUGCACAAAGAGACAACGUAUUUUUGUUCACAUUAUUUCAAAAACUUCAUGUUGUCCCCCACUCAUGUCAGAAAUGAAAUGCAAUGGCAAGUUGAACUACGUGAAUGUGCAUUAUCAGUUUUCCGACAAUCAGGCCGUCACGCAGGGAAAGAAUUCACUCAUUGGUUAACUGAUGCUGAAUUCAACUCUGCUCAUGUCCAUGUCUUAAUCAAUUGCAGUGAAGUAAAGCCGUACCUUGAGUAUGUCAUCAUCUAUCUCUUAUCUUUCCAACGGUACAAUUGUUAUACACUAAUGAAUUUCAUUUGUACCAGCUCAUUUGUUGUGGCUGAGCAAGUCGUAGAAGGAAAUACUUCCGCUAGAAUACACUCAGAGUUUCCCCAUUGGUUUAGAAAUCAAGUCCGUACUUUUUCCUACAUUUAGAGCAAGGUUAAUUUGACUCUUGCUUUUAUAAUUUUGUUAGUACCUUUGUAGGUUUUUAAUCAGGCAUUAACUCCCACAGUUCAAGAGUUAAGACAUCUCUCGAAUUGGCCAAUGAGAUGUGUCCAAGAAUGACACACUUACUUCACCAAUGGUUACAAAUUCCAUACACAUGAAUGGUCUAAAGGAAAGAAAACAUCAAAUUGUGGUGUGUAUGUCAAGGGCCAAACAGAGGGUUGUUAUGAUGGUUUCUACGGCAUCAUUCAUAAAAUAUAUGAGCUAGAGUACAACAACACUACUUCUCGAAAUAGAGUAGUACAUUUUUAUUGUGAAUGGUUUGAUCCUUCUAGAGCUGGUACUAGAGUGGAUCCACGCUUUAAUAUUGUCGAACUUAACCAGAGAUUAAGAUAUGGACCGUUUGAUCCUUUCAUUCUACCAACUAAUGUCAGACAGGUUUAUUAUGUGCCAUAUCCACCAUUCCGUAAUAUUGACAAGCGUGGUUGGGCCGUAGCAAUACAAACCAAGCCUAGAGGUCGCAUUGACUCAAAUGAGGUUGAGGAAGAUGUUGCCUACCAACUUGACCAAAUGUCACAACCACAAGAAAUUAUUGAAGUUGAACGUAUAACUGCAUUGGUCGACCCUGAUGGUGAUGGAGAUGAAUUAGAAGAAACAAUACAAGGUGAUGAAGAACAAGAAGAAGAGGAAGAAGAAGAAGAAGAAGAUGAUGAUCAUGAUAAUGACGAUGAUGAAGAAGAAGAUGAAGAUGAAGAUCAUGAUGACGACGAUUGAAUGUUGGACAUCUAUUGUAGCAAAUUGAACUAUCAUUUGAAUAGAGUUAUCUAAAAUACUAUCUUAAAAGUUGUAUUCAAUUAUUUAUACAUUGACUUUAAAAACCAUUGAUCCUUCCUUAUUCAUUUCUAUUUUUUCGCUUUAUUUGUAACCAUUUCAAUGUAGCAAUGACAGGACAAGGUUCAGAACGUCCUGAUAAAGGAAAGGGGGUAGCAAGGCCUAGAAAGAGGCAACGACAGGCACCAAAGUAUGUACUUAGGGUGCCUGCUAAACUACCUACCACUGCUUACCCCUACAAUACAGCCUCCUACCCCUGCAGUAGACCCUACUCCUACCUCUGCAAUACACCCUUAUCCUACCCCUGCAGUACACCCUUCUACUACCCCUGCAGCAGACCCUCUUCCUCCUCUUGUGACUAUAACCCCUACUCCUCCCCCUAUGGUUAUUACCCCCACUCCUCUCCCUGACCCUACUUCUAUACCUUCAUCAUCUUGUAUACUGCCUUCUGAGACUGUCACACCAUCUGCUGAUCCAGAUUCAAGUGGUGAUGGUGAAGGUCUUGACCCACCCCUCCAUGAUCGACCAUGGAUUGAGCCGUAUGGUAAAGGGUUUAUUCCAUCUAGGGUUGCUUCCCAGGCCAUCACACGUUCAAUUAAGCAACACUUUUUAAGUCCAUGGCCUACUUGGGGAGCAAUACCUGAUGACGACAAAAAGCCAUUCUGGGAGCGCUUUCAGAUGAACAAUCCAUUAAACUAAUUGUCCCUCUUAUUUUAGUAUGUUCGUUAAUCAAUGUUUGUUCUGUUUAAUGUUACAGAUGAAGGUGCAGUGGAAACCUGAACAUGAAACACAGAUACACAGAAAUUUCCACAUGAAAGCAUCUCAUCGGCUGUCAGAGAUGUUUAGGGAUGCCCGCAAUGCAGGAGAGCGCCCUUACUGGCUGGGUGAACAAAUUUGGAACUCUUUACUGGCUCAUUGGAAUACAGUAGAGUUUCGCAAUAAGUGUGCCAAAGCCUAGAGGAACAGAGCAUCUGAAAAGGGUGGCACCCUGGAUACUGGUGGGUCGAUAACCAUUCAUGAGCAUGCCAUUCGUAUGCUCUAGGACGGGCGGUCCAUGUUGAUGAGGUCUUUGCAUAGACUCAUGUAAGGAAGGGCACUAAUCAAUUCGUUGAUGAAAGAUCUCGGAAGACUCAUGAAGAGUUUUCUACGAGACUUUCACAGGUUAGAUCUGAACAUGAGUCAGCUCCUACACCGGAUGAUGGCAGUAAUGCAGAAGAUGACAUCCGUCGGACACAGUGCUGGAUCGACAUCGUUGGUGGGAAGAAAAAGGGACGAGUGUACGGUGCAGGACAACUUGCUGCAAACUAUACAACAUCGAGAGGAGGUACUCUGAAGCACCAACCUUCUUCUUCCACCACUACUCCUAAUGAGGUCGUUCUCCGCCUCACGCAGGCACUGGAGCAACGUGACCAGGAAAUCAUUGAUUUGAGAGCAGAGUUUACAAACUUUAAGGCCCUGGUCAUGAGAGUGUUUCCUGGUACUUCACAGGAUGAAUUCAAUAUCCCUUUGACCCAGCCACGACCCUCCUCGUCACCCGCUGUGCCUCAGCAGCCCACAUCAGUCCAACCCUCAUCAGUCCAACCCACACCAGUCCAGCCAUCUAUAGAGGAGCAGGAUGAUGAAGAUCAUUCUGAUGAUAACUAUAUACAUUAUUAGUUUCAUUUUGUUAUUAGUUGUUAUAGAAACAUUUGGAUAUUACAACAUUUGGAGUUUACAUCAUUUGGAUGUUAGAUCAAUUGGAUGAUUUGGAUGUUAGAACAUCAUUAUGUUACAUUGUUUUAUGUUUUAAAUAUAAAUACA